AUGUUCAUGGGCUACGAAGAAGCGUCAAAAGCUUAUCGAGUGUACGACAUUGAGGCGGACCACGUGGUGAUCAGUCGUGACAUCACCUUCGACGAAUCGACUUUUGAUUUUUCGAUGGACCGACCAAGUGACGAUGAUGAAGAUGCGGAGUUGGACCUCGAACUCCUGGCGAUCAACGAGGACGACGUGCGUCAAACCGUCUACAAGCAGACUGGCAAGCGCAAGAGUGAAGCAAGACCCGGCAUGUCACGUUCAGCUCGCCCUCGAACUGGGUUGGAACAAGCAAGUGCGCCGGAACACGUCUCCAACCGUCACCAGAAACGACGAUCAAGUGCUCCAGAAACGAUGUCUGAUGACGAAGAAGAUGCAAGCGUCUACGAUCAAGAUGACGACUCGACGCCUCCAACAUUUUGGCGUGCAAGUGCAAACGCAGUGGAAGCAACGGACCUAGCAGAACCUGUGACUUUUCAAGACGUGAUAAAUGGUCCUGAUCAAGCUCACUGGCGAAAUGCUGUGAAGGCGGAACUCAAGUCGAUGCAUCUUCGUGGAGUUUUCCGUGCGGCCAAACUACCAAGAGGCCAAGGCGCGAUCGGCACCAAAUGGGUGUUCAAGAUCAAGCGCAAAGCGGAUGGAUCGGUCGAGAAAUACAAGGCGCGUCUCGUUACCAAGGGCUUCAAGCAGAAGUACGGCAUCGACUACACAGAGACGUUCUCGCCCGUGGUCAAGUACGUGACACUGCGUAUGGUGAUCGCGAUCACCAAGUAUUUCGACUGGCCACUGGACCAACUCGAUGUGGUGACAGCCUUUCUCUACGGAGUGAUGAAGGAGAAGGUGUACUGCGUGAUACCAGAAGGCGUCGAGAUGGAUGGCGACUUCGACUGUCUCGAGUUGGUGAAGGCGAUCUACGGUCUCAAGCAAGCUUCACGUGUGUGGAACGAGACUUUCGACGAGUUCGUAUGCUCUAUCGGUUUCGAAGCGUCGGCGUUCGACCCAUGUCUCUACAUCAAGGUUGUCGACGGUCACUGUGUGCUCGUGCUGGUCUACGUGGAUGACGUGUUGGUCACCGGCAGCUCGCUCGAGUUGAUUGCGCAGACGAAGGCCGACCUCAAGACGCGUUUCGAGAUGACCGACAGUGGCAAGUGUACUUUUGUACUGGGCAUCGAACUGGUGGACGAAUCGGAUGGCAGCGUGACGAUGUGCCAGCGACGGUAUGUCAACGACAUCCUCAAGCGCUUCGGCAUGGAUGAGUGCAAGGCCACAGCAAGUCCGGUCGACUUGAGCACUCGGCUUGUCGCAAGCACCGAAGCGGCCAAGAUCGACGUUCCGUUUCGUGAAGCUGUGGGAGCUUUGAUGCACUUGACGACUGCGACGCGCCCGGACAUUGCGUAUGCUGUGGGGUACGUCUCGCGCUUCAUGGAGAAUCCGCAGCAAGAACAUUGGACGGCGGUGAAGCGCAUCUUUCGUUACUUGCAAGGGACCAAGUCGCACGGACUCCGCUUCCAGCCAAGCGACAAGAUCGACUUUCGUGGCUACUCGGACGCGGACUGGGCCGGCGACCACGCUGAUCGCAAGUCGACUUCGGGUUACACUUUCAUGCUGAUGGGUGCUCCUGUGAGUUGGGGAAGCAAGAAGCAGUCAAGUGUGUCGCUGUCGACGAGUGAAGCGGAAUACAUCGCACUGAGUCUGGCCAUCCAGGAAGGCAAGUGGGUGCAUCGCCUGCUAUGCGAGAUUUUGGCGGCCGCAAACGAACCAGGACCGGACCUCGUCAUCCGUGAAGACAACCAGUCGUGCAUCAAGAUGACGAAGAAUCCGGUGAAUCAUGGCCGCGCCAAGCACAUCUACAUCAAGUACCAUCACAUCCGUGAUGAGGUCAAGCGCGGUGAAGUGCAGCUCGAGUAUUGCGAGACUUCCGUGAUGAUGGCGGACAUCAUGACCAAGGGACUUUCGGGACCUCGUCACAAGGACUUGACGACGGCUCUCGGCAUUCGUGCGAGUUCGGAUUGA